ACAAUCCUUCAGCACAUUGCAAAAAAAGAGCGGCCAGAGGUUAUCCAGCGCAUACUGGUAGACUGUGGAGGCCACAGCAAGUUUGAUGACGGCGAGUGGACAGACGGAUGACAUUUUAGACUCUUGCCAUCAGACCAGAGGGAAACCGAAGAAAAACAGUCUCGGGAUGAACUCACAGAAAAAUCCGAUAAAGCACAUGGAGCAGCGCCAACUGUUUCAAUGGCUUUGGCUAAAGCCAAGGCAGAGACUGACACCUUGAGGGUGAAAUGUCAAUAUCUGCAGGAGAAAAUAGAAGAUUUGACAAAAGAACGAGAUUUCCUUAGACAACAGCUGUCAGAAGUUACUGAACCAUGGCAGGUGGUAAAGCGGUACAAAUCAGUUCUGGAGAUUUUCAAAAGAGGAAGCAACAUGGCAGAUGCAUUCAGAAAGUAUGGUGUGGACCGGAACACAAUUGUGCAGAGUGCAGCUAUUGCUGAACUGGUGAUUGCAGCACCGGAGAAAUAUGAGGAAAUCAAUGACAAAAAUGCAAAGGGAGAGAAAUUAUCAAACAUAGCCCAGAAAUGUCAAGAUGCAAUUAUGGCCGAUGAGAACAUUGCAAACAAAAUACAAACGAUGAAAACUUUCAAAAACAAUUUACCAUUAAAUACUCCUUGA